AAUUAAACGCAUAUUGUGACUGGUAUAUAAAGCCGGCGUCAGGUAAGCAAAGAAAGUAAAAGUGCAGACAUGGCUUGGAUUUCUCUAGGGGUUUGUAUACUAGGACUGACUGGGGCUUUUGCACAGUUGGUACCAGGCGGUUAUACAGAGACGAGGGUUAUCAACGAAGAAACCAGACGAGUCGCAUUUUCUGUGCAGAUAGACAUUUUGUGGAGACUGCAAUCGAUGAACAUCAUUGCUACUGAGUUUGUGCCUCUUCUAUAUAGAUCACAGGUUGUAGCAGGAACGAACUAUCUAGUCAAGAUAAGAAUUGGCUAUGGACACCACAUUCAUGUCAUCAUAUAUCGUAAUUUAUCCGGCACUGAAAUAUCUGUGACAAAACUCCAGACCUGGAAGUCCCUUUGGGAUCCACUUGUUCCCUUCUGAUCCAGAUGCAAAUGUCUGGAUACCAUAAAAUGAUAUUCUCUUAUUACUACAUACAAUGCACUAGUACUACUAUAAAAUACAUUAAGUGGCAGUACACAGACAAUACUUAAUAACGAAAUUAAAAUGUUAGAAA